AUGCGCAGCGCUAAGGCCGUGCGGAGCGACCAGCCGUUCCGCGCGGGGAAGCAGCAGUCCCUGCGUCGCUACGUGUCUGCAGGGUCGAGCCCUGUCGCGCUGACGCCCAAUUUCUCGAGCCUCUCGCCGUUGUAUCCGCUUCCAGGGUCUCCGCAUUCAGCGGGAUCGUCGCCGUGCUCCACGAGCUUGGACGACGCCAUUGGUCAUCUCUUUACGCGGUAUUUGCCCACGUUUUUCGACCUACUGGAGAAGUUCCAGUAUCAAAAGGCACUGCUGAUCGUGGAGGACGAAGAGGAGACACGAUGGAAGAGCUGGAAUGCUGUCAAAGUCAUGCUGAAGCUCGGCGCGUCAUGUGAGAGCACGUAUCACUUAAUGAAGUAUUUGGAGGCGGAGCUGGUGCAGUCAGACACAAUCGAGCAAAUGUAUGGCAAGCUGGUCGUGCUCAUGAACCACCUGGCAGACGAGCUGAAGCCCAUCGUGGCGAGACAAAGCCGACACUUCCCCGUGCACACUCCGACGCCCCCGGACUCCAUGCUUAUGAUGGAGAUCGCAAUGUGUGGAGACAUGAACUACUACGUUGAGUUGCUAGAGCAAGGAGCAGAGUUCUUCUCGCUUCGUGUGCCCAUGAUACAGAUCUAUCGAGGACUGGCACUUUCCUCGGUGCCUCGUGACUACCACAGUAUGCUGAAACGAUUGGAGAAUUUGCUGCUGCGUUUUGACGCAUUCGAUCACCCGCUGCUGGAGACGAUGAAGCAAUCAGCUAUCGAGGAGCUGAGUACCUUGCACGCGGCUAUCCAGUGUGAAGUUCGCGUGGCGGAGUAUGAUUUCACGCGCUCAAUCGUCGCUUUGCACCGACUGAAAGUUCAGCUGCGCUCCUGGAGUGACCAUAUCGAUGGCGUCUCUGACUACCCGCUAUUCGAAGGCAAUGGCGUUGACUUUGGUGCUGGUGGCGAAGAAGAAGGUCUGCUUCUUGAUGAAUCGGACGAGAACUACGGCGUCACGUCGGACUCGAUGUACUCCAAUACAAGCUACCAGUCUUCUUCGUCACUUGCUCGUGGCCACAUGCUCAACUCGAGUCUAAGUGGAGAGUCCCAUCAUGCCAGUGGGAUUCCAGGCAUUCCUUCCUCGCUAGCUGAGUCGCUGGUGUCAUAUCGCGGUGGCCGAUAUGCGAAUAUGGGGGAUACUUCGUAUGAUAUUGCGGACGAAAUGGCCUUGCUUGAAGGUCAUCACUCGGGCGUGUCGCUAAACAGUGCCAGUCCAGCGUCUUCGGAGACUCACAGCACCUUUAGACGUCUAUUAUCACACAGCAGUCUACUGCGACGAGGUGGGUUGGCGUCUGCGUUGCCUAUUCGACGUGGCCUCGUUCAGAAGCCAGGAGAUCCGUACGUCAGCUCGAUAGGUGCGAGCUCGUCCACGCCGACGAUCACUCUGGAGCAAGCCAUUUUGGGUGGAGGGACUGGAACAGGAGGAAGUGGCGGUGUUGCUGGUGGCAGUACCAACCCAGUGGCGGCUGAAAUGAUGGCAUCGUCCAUGAAAAGACAGGAACGAGACGAUGGCUUCGCUCUGCCAGUGUUCCAGUGGUCCAAGAGGUUUUAUCGCUCUCUUGUGGCCAAGUUCUCGCUGUACUUCCACCGCUGGCUGGAACCAUUCGAGAAGAAGACCGAUUUCCUGACGCUGGAGCUGCCUCGCUUUAUCAGAACGCCACUAGGGAUCUCGUAUCUCGGAUUGAUGGACGUCCUGCUAUCUCGAGCCCAACGAGGAGAUGGGAGUGAUAUUCGAGUCAUGUUCAUUCUGGAGACACAAGCGCUUGAGAACAAGGGCGCGCAUUACUACGAGAACGGCUAUCGCUGUCCGAGUUCGAGUAAGGCGCUUUAUACCCGUACAGACCAAGAGAAACAGGAUGAGCAGGUGGAACACCAAAAAGUGAUUGCUUUAGCUGGUUCUGCUAACGCUUCAGGAGUCAGUAGUCGCACACAUUCGCCUGCAUCUUCCAGAGGAGGAGGCGCGUCACCGGCAAAUGGGCAUCGCAGGUCUAUUGACCAACAGAAUCACGCGCUGUUCAUGCGUGUGGACCGUGAGGAGAACGAGGAGCAGAACGACUUUUCUGAGCUCUGGGGUCUUCGUAGUUGGCCGGCGGUGUUCUGCUAUCCGGAAGGCUCGUCACCUCCUCUGGAUCACUGGCCGAACAUUGUCAGCCUCAUCAUGGACAAUCGAUCCGCACUUGACUCGGUUCGCCCUGUCUUCCUGCACUCAGAACGAAGACAGAAGACAACGUAUCACAUCUCGAGAGUGGACGAGGCCAUGUACCUUGUGCUUCUGGCCGAAGGAGUGAAGAAGUCGAACGAGAAAAUUGCUCAGGACUUUAUGCAAACUGUAACAGAGAAUUUGCAGCACUCGGGGGCAUUUGCACCUCGUGUAUUAGCUACAGUCGAGGCGUCUUCGGCGUAG